GCUUCAAAGUCCGUACGACAGCCAGCGACCAAGUCGCCUUACCUACACAGCUCCUAUCUUAAUGACAGUUUGGGAAUGUUCUUGACAAAGUUGUGAUUUGUGUUUUAAAACCAAGGAAAAUGUCUACUAGAUUUAUUGACGCUGCAAAGGACGGUUUUACCGAUGUGUUACGGGAGGCCCAAAGGAAGGAUCUUAACGCUAUUGAUGAGGACGGCAUGACAGCAACACACUGGGCCGCCAGUAGGGGAAUGCUGGAGGCACUUCGCAUGAUCGUUGGUCGAGGGGGUGAUGUCAACAAGAGUGACUUCCUUGGCUAUACAGCUCUUCACCACAGUGCCAGAUGGGGCCACGUAGACAUUGUCAGCUAUCUUAUCAACUGGGGUUGCAACCUCUUUGCCCUCGACAACGAUCAUCACUCAGCCUUGGAUAUGGCCUCACUGUAUGAGAAACAUGAGGUUGUUCGUCUUCUUGAUGCUUCUUGUUCGCAACAACAAAUCAAAAACCCCAAAAUUGUUUCCAAAUUGAAAGAGGAGGCUAUCAAAAAUGCUGAUAGAAACAUUAAACGAUAUGAAAAACUUCAAGAAGAGGCUGAAAAGCGAGCGGAAAAGGAGCAAAGAAAAUUGAACAGCCUGAAUAAUGAUUUCAAAGCGCCUGAAAAGAAAUCCAUUUUCAAAUCACUGACAGUGAAGUUACGUGGUGGUAACACCAAAACUAAAGCCGGACCGGCGUAUGGUAAGAGGUAUUCUGACAUGGCUGGCCUCACGUAUGGGACCAGAACUGGGGUGGCUAAGAAGGUUCUGCAGAAGAAGACUACUAACCCAUUGUAUGAAGAUUCAUCGUUUAAGACGAGUGAGGUUGAUGGGUCAGGUAAACGGACUGUAAAGUCAAUGGAUGGAGUACAAGGUAUCCGUGGGGCUUCAGCUGAGGUGAUGUACAUGACAAGUCGUGGCGAACACUCAGCCAAUGAGGUCAGCAGCUCGCGACCUGCAUUGUACGAAUUAUUUGAUCCAAACAAAAGCAAUUUGAGUAAAUCUUACAAGAGUGAGUCUGAUCUCUUAGUAGACUCGGGCGUAGAUAGCUAUUUCAGUGACCAUGAGGAUGAUGAGGAUCAGCCUGGAUUGUUGUACCGACCGGGAUUUGGGCAGACGUCUUUCUUCAGGAAGAUAAACCCUGCAAUGUCCACAUUACAGUCAUUCGAAACAGGAGAUAAUCAAACGAGUGGAAUGAUGAAUGGUGUCAACGGGGACUUGGAUGACCAGGAGUUGACCAAUGGCCAGGGCAGAGAUGCCGACAUGAUAACUGCCAGAAUGCAGGAUCUUCCUUGGGACCAGGAUGACCUUGAGAACCUGGAUGAUGACGAUGAGGAAAAUGAGUAUUCUUCCUUGGAAAUGUUCCUGAUGUCUGCUGGGCUUCCAAAUUAUAUUUCUCAUUUUACUAAAGAAAAAGUUGACUUGGAAUUGUUAAUGAAAAUGUCAGACAAUGAAAUGAAAGAAGUAGGGUUACCGUUUGGACCGAGGAAAAAGUUACUGGAUGCCAUGGAGCGACGGAAAAAGGUGCUUCAAACCCCUGUUGACAUGACUGACUCAUUCUUGUGAGGAUGUUGAAGUGUAGAUCAAUAUUUAAAAAUUAUGCAUCAUAUGAAUGUUUAAAUUGAUAAACAAUACAAAUGUACACAUAGACAAUUGAGAGAUUUCGUGAAUGGUGCCUAGAUAUGAUGUAAGGAUGACACUAUUUUUGUACGUAGGAAAGAUUUUCAAAUUAUCGAACAUCUUCAAUGAACAAGAAAUGCAGAAAAUGGCUGCAGACAUGGAGUGUUUUGGAAAGGCAUCUUUCUUGUUGUUACCCACCGAACACCGAUGGAUUGGUGCCUUUAUUUACACCCAUUACAAGGAUGGAUACUUACUUCAUAGUAAGCUUGAAAUAGAGGUGAAGAUUCAUUUUUUGUCUUUGGAAGAUGUGAAAAAGUUUCACCCCUUUGCAUUUUUAUGUUGUAUAUUUUUUAGGUUAUGCCAGAUAUUUGUUUACCAACAUUACACCAGUAUAUUUAAGAAAGGACAAGUCAUACAGGUAAACAAGAUAGGUGUUAUUUGUUAUGAUUAAACAUCACCAUAUGUUAGGGUAGGUUAAAAAGAUGAAACUGAAAGAGUAAGGAAUUUAUAUCAUUGACAUAUUUGUCAUUCCCAUUAUAUAAUUUUCAUUCAAGGAUGAAUAUGACCUUUAUGUUAUCAAAGCUGUUAGGUGCAUGAAUGCCUCUAUUUAAACAUUUGUUAUUGAAACAUUUACACUUUUUAAUGAUAAAUCAUUUAUUUAACCAAGA